AUGACGGUGCCGUCCGCCACCAUGCGCAGGCUGCGCCGCGAGCUGGAGAUCAGCCGGAACCGGAGCAAGGCAUCCCUGGCGCCGACAGGAGGAGUCGUCGCCAAGAAGCCCUCACCACCGCCACCCUCCAAGUCCAAGCCCUCAUCUCCGUCGCCGCGUUGCAACCCUGAACCAGAGCCUACAGCCCCGCCCGUGCCGUCACGCCUCGCCAACGGUGACGCAGGGCCGGAACGUGCGCGGACGACGCCGACGCCGACUACCAAUUCCCGCUCGCGCCACGGCGCCGCGCUGCCGGCGGGACCGGCGGAGGUGACCAAGAGCAAGUGCAUGUGCAUCGGAAAGGGAGCGCAAGUUCGCGUGCGCACGCGGGUCGGGACGGUGUGCACGGGGCAGCACCUCGUGCUCUGGCUCCGCGCCGUCGUCGAGUGCGCCGCGGGCGAGGACGCCGACGGCUGCCUCCGCGUCUCCUACGACUACACCAACGGCAAGUUUCCACGCAUCGCGCGCGUCUCCCCGAACGACGUCAAGCUGCACGUCGUCCCGCCCGCCGACGCCAGCGGCACUGCAGCGUCCACUACCGGAUCCUCAACCGCCACCAGCGACCACUCUACGCGCACUUCGUCAUCAUCACAGUCACAGCAGUACAAGACUGCUCCACCUCCACGGCCGACCGUCGCCGGGAAGAAGCUGCCGCCGUUGCUGAAGAAGCUGCAGAAGGAGAUGCUGAUGAGCAGCUCCAAAGCUAUCAUGGGCUGCUUGUAG